AUGCCAAACAAGUUUACAAUUGAAGCGCCGCGACUUCGCGUGAAUUUCGUAUUUUUUACUUUCACAUUAGUGUUGUUUUGCUACGAUGCAAGCUCUGAAGAAAGGCCUGCGGUCACGACGCCUCUGGGCGAGGUUGCCGGUUAUUACAUGACCACCAGAGGCGGUAGGCAAAUAUCGGCUUUUACGGCCAUACCAUUUGCGAAACCACCGGUCGGAGAACUGAGAUUUAAAGCACCAGUCCCGUUUGGGCCAUGGGAAGGAGUACUAGACGCCACAAAAGUAAGCCCAAUAUGCGUUCAGAGGAAUCCAUAUGUCCGUCAAAAAGAUAUCGUUGGACAAGAAGACUGUUUGUAUCUUAAUGUGUAUGUUCCCGCCACGACCAAUGAUGAUAAAAGCAAAAAGGAAUUAUUACCGGUGAUGCUAUUUUUGCACGGAGGAGGAUGGAUGUGUGGUGACGCCACGACGGCAAUGUACGGUCCUGAGUUUCUAUUAGACAGGGAUGUUAUAUUGGUUACCACGAACUACAGAUUAGGUCCUCUUGGAUUUCUGUCGACAAAAGAUGAACACUGUCCCGGUAACAAUGGUCUGAAAGAUCAACAAGAGGCACUCCGUUUUAUUCAGCAAAACAUCGAAAGCUUCGGUGGGAACAAAGAUUCUGUCACAAUAUUUGGCGAGAGCGCCGGCGGCUCCAGUGUUCACUUCCACAUGCUAUCGGAUACCAGUGCAGGUUUAUUCCAUAAAGCCAUAUCGGAGUCUGGAACAGCAUUGGUCCCUUGGGCCGAAGCGCCUCCGGGUGAAGCUCUCAGGAACGCCUUUAAAUUGGCAAAGUUCUUAGGAUGCCCUCCUGCGCCAUCCGAAAAAUUUAUCGCCUGUCUUCGCACUAAGGACAGCUAUGAGAUCAUCGGAACCGAGUUUGAUUUUUACGCAUGGGAUUAUGAACCUAUGACACCGUUUAAAGCGGUAGUGGAACCAGAUCUCCCAGGGGCCUUUUUAACAAGAAAUGCGAGGGACACGCCCAAGGCACCAUCUGUACCGUGGAUGACAGGCUUGACUAAGAACGAAGGCUGUCUAAAAUCAGUCUGGAUAACAGCAAAUGAUACCAGAUAUGAAGAAUUCAUAUCAGGUUUCGAUACUAUAGCACCUGUGACAUUUUAUUACGAUAAUUCUCCGUUCCCUGAAGUCAUAACUAAAAAACUGAGGCAGAAAUAUAUCAAUGGAAACAAUCGGAAAGUUAUUGAGAACGGGAUUCUUGAAAUCUAUUCAGACUCAUAUUUUAACUACCCAGCAAUUGAAGCGGUGGAACUGACGUUGAAUCAUAGUCCUGAACCGAUUUACUUAUACGAAUUAACUUACAGAGCGGCUAAUAGCUUCUCUCAAAUAUUCGGAGACCCCGAAGGAGAUUAUGGUGUGUGCCAUGCCGAUGACUUAAUGCACCUCUUUCCCAUACAUUUUCUCAGUCAACCUUUCUCAGAAAAAGAUAUCGAGUUCAGCAAGUAUCUAAUUACGUUGUGGACUAAUUUUGCUACGUCAGGCAAUCCGAAUAAACCCAAUAACAUACCGACUAUUUGGAAGCCGGUAACGAGCCGAGAAAAGAUGGAAUAUUUAGAUAUUGGCUUAAAAUCAAGGAUGAAAGAAGGAUUGGCGACUCGAUCGAGAUUUUGGGGUUCAUUGCCUUUGUGGCAUAACUUGGACAGUCAAAGACUGAGAGACGAAUUGUAAUUUGAAUAAGAGAAAAAUUUUAAUAACUUGUUUGUUAUACAAUAUAAUUAAAACAUCUUAUAAUAAUUAAGUU